AUGGCCGACGUUGAGGCAGCCGCCUCCGUCGAGGCUCCAAGCGCCUCCGCAGAGACAAGCGCCGUCGUCGCGACCACAUCUGGCGGCGCGACCACAUCUGGCGGCGCGACCACAUCUGGCGGCGCGACCACGUCUGGCGAGGUCACAAUUGCCUCUGCUAGCUCUCCACCAGACCAACCCCGAAAGAAGGUCAAGCGUGUGCUCCGGAAGAAGAGACGCCCAGCGCGUGUUCAAAUCGAGGCCAGUGCCGCAAAGGAAUUACAAGCUCCACCUCAAGCAGGAACGACGUACAACAUCUACUACAACAAGUGGGAAGGCGGCGACCGUGGUGACUUCGCCAUGGCUGGCCCUUCCCAGACAAGAUGCAGCCUUGCUCGCGACUCUGGUUACACCAAGGGUGACUCUCAGUCAGGAAGCUACCUGUGUCUCCAUUUUGCUCGAGGCAUGUGCCACCGCGGACCGGAUUGCGACUACCUUCAUCGAGCCCCCACGAUUCACGAUAGCUACCCUCCCUACGCCGACGUCUUUGGACGGGACAAGUUCAACGAUUACAGAGAUGAUAUGGGGGGCGUGGGAAGCUUCUCACGACAGAAUCGUACCCUCUACGUUGGGCGAAUCUUUGUCAGCGACGAUAUCGAGGAAGUUGUUAGCCGUCAUUUUGCCGAAUGGGGCGAGAUUGAGCGCACUCGAGUUUUGACCGGGCGGGGUGUUGCCUUCGUGACGUACAAAACGGAAGCCAUGGCUCAAUUUGCGAAGGAAGCCAUGAACAAUCAAAGCCUUGACCACGAAGAGAACCUCAACGUCCGCUGGGCCACCCAGGAUCCCAACCCCUUGGCACAAAAGCGCGAGGCACGUCUUAUUGAAGAGCAGGCUGCGGAGGCUAUCCGUCGUGCUUUACCUGCAGACUACAUUGCCCAAAUUGAAGGGAAGAACCCGGAUUCUAAGAGACAAAAGACCCAGAGCAAGUUCGCCCUGGAAGGUUAUGAGGAGCCCGAUGAAGUGAAAUACGCAGCAGGCCUGCGAGGAGCUGUCGAAGCACCGCCCCAACAGCAGUUACUUGCUGCGCCAGAGCCGCAAGAGGUGCAAGAACCGCCAGCCAGUCAGGGAAUCUAUUCAGAACGCACUUUGGCGGCCCUGCGCGCUUCUGGGCUAACGGUGUACAUGGAAGAUGACAAACCAGCUGCACCCAAACAACUAAUCGACUACGCCAGUGACAGUGAUAGUGAGAAGGCUAAAAAGAAGUCUACAUUAGUCGACUACAGUGAC